AUGGCUUUGAAAGUAGUUAAUUUAGCAACAGGGUACCAGCUAAUCGACCAACUCCGACGCCAUUUUUGGGACCGAUGGAGCCAUGAGUACAUAUCCGGUUUACAAGAACGAACGAAGUGCCGCCUUAAGAAGGAGGAACUAAAACCAGGGGAUAUGGUCGUCUUUAAAGAAGAAAAUCUACCGCCCCUAAAGUGGAGAUUGGCAAGGGUCCAUCAGUUAUAUCCUGGAUCCGAUGGAGUCUGCAGAGUGGCGGAUUUUAUCACUUACCGCGGCAUCGAGCGCCGAGGCUUAAACAGAGUGUGCCCUCUACCAGUGGACGACGGUCUUGAAAGUCUUGAAAGAACCACCUUUCAAGGGGGGCAGAUUGGUAACGCCCAUCAC